AACAAAAGAAACUAAGCAAAUACAUUAUACAUUUCAAAAAGCUUUUAUCUUUUCUAUAUUUUCUGUCUUUCUUUCCUUCUUUCUUUAAUCUCCAUCUCUUCCUCUAGGGUUUCAAGUUUCCAACUUUCUCUUGUUUUUCACAAAUUUGGUUACACUUGAGUUCUGACCCACCAGAGAGAAGAUCAAUACAUAUACUUUUUCAGAUUUAGAAAUAUAGAUAUUAAUUGAAGGGUAAGGGUUUGUGUGUGGGAUUUAGGGGAAAAUUAUGGGGAGAGGGAGAGUUGAGCUGAAGAGGAUAGAGAACAAGAUAAACAGACAGGUGACGUUUGCAAAGAGGAGGAAUGGGUUGUUGAAGAAAGCAUAUGAGUUGUCUGUGCUUUGUGAUGCUGAGGUGGCACUCAUCGUCUUCUCCAACCGUGGCAAGCUCUAUGAGUUCUGCAGCACAUCUAACAUGCUCAAGACCCUGGAAAGGUACCAAAAAUGCAGCUAUGGUGCAGUGGAAAUCAACAAACCAUCCAAAGAGCUUGAGAACAGUUACCGGGAAUAUAUGAAGCUGAAAGCAAAAUAUGAGUCCCUUCAAAGAACUCAGAGAAACCUUGUUGGGGAGGACUUAGGCCCUCUGAAUUCAAAGGAGCUGGAGCAGCUUGAACGUCAAUUAGAUUCUUCCUUGAAGCAAGUUCGCUCCACUAAGACCCAAUAUAUGCUGGAUCAGCUUUCUGACCUUCAAAAUAAGGAACAUAUGCUCAUGGAGUCUAACAGAGCCUUAACAAUGAAGCUGGAUGAAAUCAGUGCUAGAAACCAUCAUCUUCGACCAUCGUGGGACGGUGGUCAUGACCAAAACAUGUAUGCUCACCAGAAUGCUCAGACUCAGGGGUUCUUCCAGCCUAUAGACUGCGAUCCCACACUGCAGAUAGGGUACAAUCCUGUGGGUUCAGAGCAGAUGAGUGCAUCAACUACUACUCAAGCUCAACAGGUUAAUGGGUUUAUUCCUGGAUGGAUGCUCUAAGCUUUGGAAGCUAUAAUGGAUGGUCGGUCCAUAAGCCUGCUUAUGCAUGGUUUCUCCCUUCUUCUUUAUUAUUUUGGCAAAAUAUGUAAAUUGUUUCAAGAGGCGCAAUAUGUGGAACUCAUAUUUAUCAUCAUAAAGACAAAGCCUAGCAUUGACUGAAUUUUAUAAGACUACUGUGGAAUUGCCUGCCAUGGAACAUGUAAGAAUUUUUAUAAUAUUUUAUAUUUUGGACAACUACUUACAAGAAUUUGGUUAUUCCCCUA